GGCAAUCAUAAUUCAAACGCAUUGACAAGAAGCAAGUUGGGUUAAAGUGUCAAAGAAAAAAAGAAAUUUUCAUAUAUUAUGGCAUCAAGAUUUAGUUUAAUUGUGCUAGCCUGUGUUGUGGCUGCCGCAAGUGCAAUGCCAACCCCAGGAGGGGGAGGAGGUGGACAUGAAUCCCACCAUAUUGGAAGCGUUAAAGUUCCUAUCCACACCGUCCAUAAACAUCACUACAAAAAAGUUCCUGAAUACAAAAUUGUGAAAGUUCCUGUCGUUAAAGAAGUCAAAGUUCCUUAUCCCGUAAAAGUCCCAAUCAAAAUUCCCUACCCAGUUGUUGUAAAGCAACAAAUCCAUGCUGUCCCAGUCCAUAAAUUCCCAGUUCAUUCAUCAGAACAUGUUCAUCACGAAUCAAGUGGCGGACAUGGAGGUGAUGGUGGCGGUCAUGGAGGUGAUAUUGGUGGUCAUGGAGGCGGUGACAUUGGCGGCGGUCAUGAUGGUGGAUAUGGAGGCGGUCAUGAUGGAGGAUAUGGUGGCCAAGAAGGUGGACAUGGAGGAUUUGGAGGAGAAAGUCAUGAUGGCGGACAUGGUGGAUUCGGAGGUGGUCAUGAUGGCGGAUUUGGAGGUGGUCAUGGAGGUGGAGAUUUCGGAGGUCAUGACGGAGGAUUCGGAGGUGGCCAUGGAGGCGGAGAUUUCGGAGGUCAUGGAGGGGGAGACUUCGGAGGCCACGGAGGACAUGAAAGCUUAAGUGGAGGUCAUGAUGGUGGAUAUGGAGGUGGUCAUGAAGGUGGCUUCGGAGGCGGUCAUGAAGGUGGUUUCGGAGGUGGUCAUGACGGCGGAGACUUCGGUGGCCAUGGAGGUGGAUCCCAUGAUUUCGGUGGUGGCCAUGAAGGAAUUGGAGGAGGCGAUUUCGGAGGCCAUGGAGGCGGUGGCUUCGGAGGACAUGAUCUCGGUGGCGGACAUGGUGGAGAUUCCGGCCAUGGCCAUUCCGGUUUUGUUCCAUCAAUGGCAUCAUUUGGACAAAAAUGGUAGAAAUUAAGUCUUGAUAAACCACCUGUAGCGUAGAACAAAUUUAGAAGAAUAACCUUUCUGGUUUAAAUGAGUCAUUAACGCCUUAAUUAUAAGAAUUCAGUAAAGUAGAGUUUUUAAUUUAGAGACAGCCAAAAAUGAAGAGACACAAAUAAACAGUUGUUUAAAUUUUGUUUUAAACUUUAAAAAAA